AUAAAAGAAAAAAAGAAAGGAAGGGAAAAUAUCGAAAGUCUUUUUUGUCCCUCUUUGUUCUGCCGCCAUUCUUAUUAACCUUCUCCUUGUCGAGUUAGGGUUUCUAGGGUUUUCAGAGACAGGUAGUAGUUCCACAGAUCUUAGGUUUCGCGCAAAAGCUGGAUUCUCUAUCUUUUUCUUGGAGUAUAUCUAUGCGCCGCUGGUUCAGCGGCUUCGUUGAUUAAGUGUCGUUUCUUUGAUGAGCAUUCAGCUCCUAUCAUACAGAGUGAGGUUUACGGGGUUCUGGUCUUGUACUGUGGUUAUUUUUCUAACUAACUUAUGAUGGUCUUGACGGUACAAUUAGGGCGGGGGUGAUUGUUUAUUAGAUUUGAAUGGCAUUGGGAGAUCUGAUGGCAUCUCGAUUCUCACAAUCCUCCGUCGCUGUUUCGAAUCAUUUUGAUGAUUUUUCGAGUCAUGAAGAUGGGGAUAUUGUUGCACAGAGGAGGGAUUCGGAGGCUGGUAGCAGUACAAGUAGCAAUGCUGCAGGAACGACGAAGACGACAAGCAUGGCAUAUUUGCCGCAGACUGUUGUGUUAUGCGAGCUUCGGCAUGAAGCGUUUGAAGAUUGCCUUCCGUCUGGUCCAUCUGAGAAUGGAUUGGUCUCGAAGUGGAGACCUAAGGACCGGAUGAAGACUGGGUGUGUAGCACUUGUCUUGUGUUUAAACAUUAGCGUUGAUCCACCUGAUGUAAUUAAAAUCUCUCCUUGUGCAAGAAUGGAAUGCUGGAUAGAUCCGUUUUCUAUGGCAGCUCCAAAAGCAUUGGAAAUGAUUGGAAAAACUUUGCAUGCUCAAUAUGAAAGAUGGCAGCCUAGAGCUCGCCCCAAGCUUCAACUUGAUCCUACUGUGGAUGAAGUAAAGAAACUUUGUAAUACCUGUCGCAAAAAUGCCAAAUCUGAGAGAGUGCUCUUUCAUUACAAUGGGCAUGGAGUGCCAAAACCAACUGCUAAUGGUGAAAUUUGGCUGUUUAAUAAGAGUUACACACAGUACAUUCCUCUGCCAAUCAGUGACCUUGAUUCCUGGCUCAAAACACCCUCUAUAUAUGUUUUUGAUUGCUCUGCCGCAGGCAUGGUUGUUAAUGCCUUCAUAGAGCUCCUAAAAGAAAGUAAUUCUUCUGGUCCCGGAUCUUCAGCAAAGGAUUGCAUUCUUCUUGCGGCCUGUGAAGCACAUGAGACUCUUCCGCAGAGUGCUGAAUUUCCUGCUGAUGUGUUCACAUCCUGCCUCACAACACCAAUCAAGAUGGCACUAAGAUGGUUUUGCACACGUUCAUUACUUCAUGAUUCCUUUGAUCACUCCCUCAUUGACAAAAUUCCUGGCCGCCAAAAUGAUCGAAAAACACUUCUGGGGGAGCUCAACUGGAUUUUUACUGCAGUGACUGACACAAUUGCUUGGAAUGUCCUUCCUCAUGAACAUUUCCAGAGGUUGUUCAGGCAAGACCUGCUGGUUGCAAGUCUGUUCCGGAAUUUUUUACUUGCUGAGCGAAUAAUGCGAUCUGCAAAUUGUUCACCAAUUUCAUAUCCAAUGUUGCCUCCAACUCAUCAGCAUCAUAUGUGGGAUGCUUGGGACAUGGCUGCUGAAAUUUGCCUUUCUCAGCUUCAUAUGUUGGUUGAUGAACCCAAUGCAGAGUUCCAGCCAAGUCCAUUUUUCACGGAGCAGCUAACAGCUUUUGAGGUAUGGCUUGACCAUGGGUCUGAACACAAAAAACCACCAGAACAGUUGCCCAUUGUUCUUCAGGUUUUGCUUAGUCAAUGUCAUCGAUUUCGUGCAUUGGUUCUUCUUGGAAGAUUUCUUGACAUGGGCCCUUGGGCUGUUGAUCUGGCUUUGUCUGUUGGGAUAUUUCCCUAUGUACUCAAGUUGCUGCAAACAACAGCAAUGGAAUUGAGACAGAUUCUUGUAUUCAUAUGGACAAAGAUCCUUGCACUUGAUAAGUCUUGUCAGGUUGAUCUUGUGAAGGAUGGGGGCCACAUAUAUUUUAUCAGGUUUCUUGAUAGCAUGGAAGCCUAUCCAGAACAACGGGCAAUGGCUGCAUUUGUUUUGGCUGUCAUUGUUGAUGGGCACAGACGGGGACAAGAAGCCUGUAUUAAGGCUGAUUUGAUUCAUAUCUGCCUGAAACAUCUCCAACUUGCAAUUCCCCAUGAUGCACAGACCGAGCCAUUACUUCUUCAAUGGCUAUGUCUUUGUCUAGGGAAGCUGUGGGAGGAUUUUCCAGAGGCGCAGAUAGUAGGUUUGCAGGCAGAUGCACCUGCAACAUGUAUACCUCUUCUGUCAGAGCCCCAACCUGAGGUUCGGGCUUCGGCUGUUUUUGCUUUGGGCACUCUUCUUGAUGUUGGUUCUGAGUUGUUCAGAGAUGGGGUUGGAGGUGACGAAGAGUGUGAUGAUGAUGAAAAAGUUAGGGCCGAGAUUAAUAUCGUUAAAAGUCUUCUAUUGAAUGUUGUUUCAGAUGGAAGCCCACUGGUCAGAGUGGAAGUUGCUGUAGCUCUUGCACGCUUUGCCUUUGGUCACAAUAAGCACCUGAAGUCAAUUGCUGCAGCAUACUGGAAGCCACAGUCUAACUCUCUGUUAAAUUCCUUACCAUCUUUGGCUAGUUUUAGAAGUCCAGGAAGCUGCUAUACUAGUACAAGUCAAUACAUGCAGCAUGGAAGUACUAUUCCUUCCCAAAUUGGUCCUGUGAUGAGAGUUGGCAGUGACAGCACAGCUGUGGGUCGAGAUGGUAGGGUUUCCACUAGCAGCCCUCUUUCUUCUUCAGGAUUAAUGCAUGGGUCUCCGUUAUCAGAUGAUUCAUCUCACCAUUCUGAUUCUGGCAUACUAUUAAAUGAAAAUGCCAGUAAUGGGGUAAUUAAACAUUCAAGGUCAAGAUCACUUGACAGUGGAAUAUAUUCACAAUGUGUAUUGUCUAUGUGUACCCUUGCCAAGGAUCCAUCACCUCGGAUUGCAGGUCUUGGUCGGCGGAUACUCUCAAUAAUUGGUAUUGAACAGGUUACAAAGCCAUUACGCUUCAAUAGCAGCAGUAUUCGGCAAGGGGAUUGUGUAAACACAUCUCCAGCCCCUAACCUUGUUGGUCUGGCAAGAUCAUCUUCAUGGUUUGACAUGAAUGCAGGUCAUUUACCUUUGACAUUUCGAACUCCUCCUGUUAGUCCCCCUCGUCAGAAUUAUUUGACAGGAAUACGAAGAGUUUGUUCUUUAGAGUUCAGGCCGAACCUGUUGAACUCUCCUGAUUCAGGAUUAGCUAAUCCCCUUUUAGGUUCUGGUGGACCUUGUGGGGCUUCAGAGCGUAGUUUGCUUCCACAAUCAACCAUAUAUAAUUGGAGUUGUGGUCAUUUCUCAAGGCCACUCCUUACUGCAGCAGAUGAUAAUGAAGGAAUAAUUGCUAGAAGAGAAGAGAAGGAAAAAUCUUCUUUGGAUGGCAUAGCAAAAUGCCAGCAUUCUUCUGUAAGCAAGCUCCAUAAUCAAAUUGCUAGUUGGGAUACCAAAUUUGAAAUGGGUACAAAAACAACUCUUCUAGGACCUUUCUCUCCUAUUGUAAUUGCUGCAGAUGAGAGUGAAAGAAUCAGGGUAUGGAACUAUGAGGAAGCGACUCUUCUCAAUAGUUUUGACAAUCAUGAUCUUCCUGAAAAAGGAAUUUCAAAGUUGUGCCUUGUAAAUGAGCUUGAUGAGAGCCUGCUUCUUGUUGCUUCAUGUGAUGGAAAUAUUCGUAUAUGGAAAGGUUAUACCGUAAAGGGUAAACAAAAGCUUGUAACAGCAUUCUCUUCAAUUCAAGGCCAUAGGCCUGGAGUUCGUAGUGUCAAUGCCGUUGUGGAUUGGCAGCAGCAAUCUGGAUAUUUGUAUGCUUCUGGGGAGAUAUCAUCCAUCAUGCUAUGGGACCUGGAUAAGGAACAGCUUAUUAGUUCCAUAACUUCAUCAUCAGAGAGCAGCAUCUCAGCGUUGUCUGCCUCUCAAGUUCAUGGGGGUCAGCUGGCGGCUGGGUUCGUUGAUGGUUCUGUGAGACUAUUUGACAUCCGUACUCCUGAAAUGCUUGUUUGUUCUACACGUCUGCACACUCAAAGAGUAGUGGGGAUUGGCUUUCAACCUGGAUUGGAUCCAGCAAAGAUUGUUAGUGCAUCACAGGCUGGCGACAUUCAGUUUCUGGAUAUUAGAAAGCACGAUGACACAUACCUCACAAUUGAUGCCCAUAGGGGCUCGCUGACAGCCUUGGCUGUCCAUCGCCAUGCCCCUAUAAUAGCCAGUGGCUCAGCAAAGCAACUCAUCAAGGUCUUUAGCCUUGGGGGUGCACAACUUGGUACUAUCCGCUACCACCCUACUUUCAUGGCCCAGAAGAUUGGACCUGUAAGCUGCCUCACAUUCCAUCCCUACCGAGUCUUGCUUGCUGCUGGUGCCAUGGAUGCUUAUGUCUCAAUAUAUGUGGACGAGAACUCCCAAACAAGAUAGAACAUCAUCCAUUGCAUUCACCUGCCUACGUUCCCUUGUCAUUGAGGUGAUAUAGGCACUUGUACAUGCAUCACAAUCUUGCUACUGCAGCUUUAUUGGGAACAACAUUUGGUCCUUCCCUUCCACAUCCGAGGACAUUGAACGAACGGGUGCAUGUGUGAAAAUUGUAUGUUAUAUAUUCAUUAGCCUCCGCAACAUGGGUCACGCAUAUCUGGAAACAGUAUCAUUACCUUGGGGGGGCUUUGGUCAAUAAUUGAUUAUAUAUAGGUGAAGGAUGUAAAUAUGCUUCAUUUCCUUUAGUUUUUUUUCCUGGUGUUCUUUUUUCUCCCAUAUCUUUGUUCAAUUUGUAAAAGUGGGAUACUUGAUAUUAUUAUCAUUAUUAUAAAUUAAACUGUUGCAGACUCUGGAAGUGGCGAGUUGGUCAUUCACCCCGCAAAGAUGCCGGGCUUCAAACCCCCCACUUCCCUGAGCUUGUAGUCUUCAAUGAAUCAA